CGCUACUAGCUUGAUUUGCCUAUUCGUUUGUCUUCAAUUAAAGGAGAUGAUUCUCCACUUUUCCAUUAAAAGUCGCUCCCUCGCUUCGCCCUCUUCUCAAUCCCGAAACAUGAUGGCGAUGACAUGAUGAUGAGCUCCGUCGAGCGCUGCUUGAUUGGCUGCGUGUUCCUCGUCUUCAUGUCUCUCUCCGCUCCUGCUCUCUGCUCAUCCGCAGACAGCAUCGCUUCAUGCCUGACCCAACACAACGUAAACAACUUCACCACUUUCCCCGCCACCGAAAAUGAGUCGGCACGGUACUAUGAGCUGCUCAACUCCUCCAUCCACAAUCUGCGGUUUUCAGGCCCCGCGGUCCCCAAACCGGUCGCUAUUAUCUUCCCCGGUAGCGUCGAGCAGCUUAAGAGUAGCAUCGUGUGCUGUAGGGAAGGCGCAUGGGAGAUCAGAGUGCGGUCCGGUGGGCACAGCUACGAGGGGACUUCAUGGGUGGCCACCGAUGGAGCGUUCGUGGUCGUCGACAUGAUGAAUCUGAAUCGGGUCCGUGUGGACCUUGACACCAUGACGGCAUGGGUCGAAGGCGGGGCCACACUAGGGGAGACCUACUACGCCAUCGCAGAGGCGAGCGAUGUCCACGGGUUUUCGGCAGGGUCAUGCCCAACCGUGGGAGUGGGUGGACACAUCAGCGGUGGCGGGUUCGGGCUACUGUCGAGGAAAUACGGACUAGCUGCAGAUAAUGUGGUCGAUGCGCUCCUGGUGGACUCAAGAGGGCGGUUGUUGGACCGCAAAGCCAUGGGGGAAGACGUGUUUUGGGCGAUUCGGGGCGGCGGCGGUGGCCUCUGGGGUAUCAUCUAUGCCUGGAAGAUCAAGUUAUUAAACGUGCCACGGAAAGUGACAGGCUUCAUAGUCUCCAGGCCAGGAACAAAACACCAAGUAGCAACGUUGGUUGGCAAGUGGCAGCAUAUUGCACCGAACUUAGAAGACGACUUCUAUUUAUCAGCUUUCGUAGGUGCUGGUUUGCCAGAGAUGAGGACGAUAGGGAUUUCAGCUACUUUCAAGGGCUUCUUCCUGGGUCCAAGAACUGAAGCUGUCUCUCUCCUAAACCGGAAAUUUCCGGAGCUCGGCAUCGAGGAAGAAGACUGCAAGGAAAUGAGCUGGAUCGAGUCGAUCCUGUUCUUCUCGGGGCUCGGCGAUGGAAGCACCAUUUUGGACUUGAAAAACCGGUUCAUAGACUACAAGUACUACAAAGCCAAAUCGGACUACGUGAGGUCUCCGAUAUCCUUGAGCGGGAUCCUGGAAGCCCUGGACAUACUCGAGGCAGAGCCCAAAGGGUAUGUGAUCCUGGACCCUUAUGGAGGAAUCAUGCACAAGAUAAGCAGCGAAUCCAUUGCUUUCCCGCACCGGGAAGGCAACCUGUUCACGAUCCAGUACCUCGUCGAGUGGCACGAGAACGACAACGAGGUGAGAGACGGGUACUUAAAUUGGAUCAGAGGGUUCCACGAUUCGAUGGCGGCCCAUGUCUCGAGCGGGCCGAGGGCGGCUUAUGUCAAUUACAUGGACCUUGAUCUUGGAGUGACGGGACUGAUCGAUCCUAGCGCUGGUAAAGAUGACGCAGUGGAGAUCGCCAGGGCGUGGGGCGAGAAGUACUUCCUGGGGAAUUACGAGAGGCUCGUGCGAGCCAAAACGAAGAUCGACCCUCUCAAUGUGUUCAGGAAUCAGCAGGGGAUUCCUCCCAUGCCUCCGGGUGGCGGUGCCAGAGCAGGACGCCUCGACGCAGCGAAAUGAGCUCGACAGCGUCGUCGGAGGCGGAGGAGAAGAGGAGGGAGAUGAGGAGACUUUGUUAAUGGUGAUUUGAUGCGUAUGCGCUUACAAGAUGAGGGAUGGAAGGGUUUCUGUUUGCAGGAGGUUUGAGUCCUGUAGGUGGUUUGUUCUAAUGCUAGGAGUCUUACGUGGUUUGAACUUGAAAAAAAAUAAAAAUAAACAACCACCUAGUGCCUCGAAGCUAUAGAACAUAUGAUUUACAUCACAAUAUACACCCCUCAAAUUAAGCUUUAGCCCAGUCGUAUGAGCUACUCUUGAUCAGAAUUGUUGGAUAGCAUGUCAUAGCUCCUAAGAAAGUAUAACAUGUGAUGGGUUUCCAAAUUCUCUCGUUGAACAUUAAAUAAAAGUAGACACGCC